CGGGAAGCUUUAUAAGUGACAUAAAUAAAAGACAAUGUCAACAGGAAAUCAAGCCUGGAUUAAUAUGAGACGUGGCCCGCUGAUGUUGCUCCAGGCUGCCAGUGGAUUCAUUAAUUCUAGUGUUGUUCCAGUCAGCGGGGCUGCCUGAAGCUAAAGGCUGCAUGGCACGUUAGAGAUGGUUAUAUUUUGCACAGUAUUGCGUUAAUUCAAGCGGCUACUAUGUUGCUAUCGCUGGUCUGGACGCGCGUUGCGCUACCUGGUGCUGGACCUUAGCGCGUUCAUUGCACUCAUUGCACGGUAACUGAGCGGUGGUCAGCGGUGCGCCCCCGGUUCCGCCUGCCGGCACCCCGACGAGGAUGGCCGGCCGCCGCGGCUGUGUGAACUCGCUGUGGUCGGGCACCGAGCGGGUCCGCAUCGGAGAGCGCCUCAAAGCGACGCUAGCCGGGGUGCUGGAGCUUGAGCUGCUCAGGUGCAAACACCUGGGGAUGGUGGACGCCGCUCUGGAGGACCGAGCCGCCGACGCGGAGGAGCAGCCGCGGGCGGAGGACGCGAGCGGAACCCCGGAGAGCGCCGCCGCGGACGCCGAGCAGAGCUCUGCGACAUCCCGCAGGCAACAGGCUCCCUCUCCCUCAGAUAUAAUGGUAUCGCCUUGUCAGAGCAGCCCAGAGGACUCUGGCAGUAAUUCUGGGGAUGGGACAGUUCACUCCUCAUCUGGUAGGGGGAGUAACUCACGCUGGUCUACUCUUUCCUGGGAUGCCCCGUCUGACCUGCUGUCUCCCCCAACACCAGACCCCAGCGGUGCAGUCCACCUGGAUAGUGACUCCAGACCUAGUUCAGGUUUCUAUUCAGUGAGCGGGAGCUCUCUGUCGGACUCUUGCUACUCUGUGUCCAGUGAUGCCACUCAGGGAGGACCAGCGCCACUGGCCAGACCCCUGAAGCUGUGGGAGCAGGUUCCUCUGUCUGCUGACAACACUGACAUCCUGUGGUCAGAUGGUGUAGUGAAGCAGCAGCAGCCACAGCAGCCUGCAGUUUACAGCAGCCACAAUGAUGCUGAACAAACAGAAGGGAUACCAGUCUCAGUCUCAAGUGACCUUGAAGCGACUGGUUUGAGCUUUCUGUCUGACCUCUGCUCAGGCCUCGGUGACUCCUUGAUUUCUUCCCUCCUCCCGCUUCUCGAUCCAGCCUCUUCUUCCUCCACCUCCUCUGUCUAUCCGAGACCCCAGCUGGAUUCUCGCUACUGUACAGACCUGGUGUCCCGUCGGACAAAAGAGGUAUACCCCUACCCUAGCCCACUGCAUGCCGUCGCCCUCCAAAGCCCCCUCUUCACCUCCCAGAGCCAGGAGCAAUCAGCCUCUCCGAGUCCUGAAGGAACCCAACCAGAUGAACCACCAGAAUCCACUGCUGAUUUAAGUCUGCCUCUCCAGCCUCAGCAGCCCACAUCCCAGGCCUCUUUCACCCAGCUGGAGCAGUACAUCUCUAGGCUAGCUCGCCAAUAUCAUAGUCGGGUAACUUCUUCCACCUCUGAUCUCACUUCAGCUGCUACACCUUGUUCAGUCACAAACCGAGGUUUCUGUACCCCCGGCAAAAGUCACGGUUCCACUCAGUCCCUGUCUGCCUUCGAGAACCGCAGUACACCCUCCACCCUGCCAGGGGGCAGCAUCACACCCUGCAAAUCACUUCUGGGAAAUUCUGCUAGAGUCAGCCUUAGCACUACUGGGAAAAAGGCCACCAGGAACUCAAUCAACCUGGGUAACCUUCCCUCUGCAACUGGAGAGGAUUUGAACAUAAAUCUGCAUCUCAACCUCAAUUUGAACCUUGCUCCUGGUUUAAAUUCUAACCAGGGACUGGGAGACAAUCCCAAACAUGGCAGUUGUGGAGCUUUGCGGAGUGACUUUGCUGCAGCUUCCACUUCUUCUGCUACAUCACUCUCCUCUACACCCACCCCAGCACUUAGAGCUCGACCUCGCAUUUCCACCUGUCCCUCAAGCCUGAGCCACCGCAGUUCCCUGGAGGUCACUUCGGGGUCUGGAAACAGUUCUGGAUUUGGGUCAACCGCCUUCUGUCGAUCAUUAGACUGGAGCAGCGGUGCUCCCCCUGAGUCUGGUACAUCAGCGUUUGGCACGAAUUCUGGAUCAGCUCCUGGGUCUCAGCGCAGCAGCUUGAUCCAAGAGUCCAGCUCCAGUCCCAAGCUAAGCGAAGACUCCCCCAUGGUGGGAGAGAUCUCCCGCCUCUCUGGCCUGUCAAGGGCUGUUGUAGUUGGGCUGAUGGAACAAGGUGUGGAGCUGGAUAUCGACUGCUUCCAAGCAGACACAGCAGGUGAGGUGAGGGGUCAUGGUAAAAGUCACCUGACAGCCCAGACAGAUCAGUCACAUGACUACACUAGACUGAAUGAACUGAGCCCUCAGAGACCAAUACAGCUGUCUCUCAGUGUCACCCACUCUCCCCAGUCUCAGUCCAGUCUCACUCCUCCUCUCUCCCACUCCAGCAGCCCAAUUCACCCUUACCAGUCCAUUCAUAUUCCCUCUGCCCACUACUCCUCACACUGCCACUACCAGCAGACCCCUUCCCCAUCUGACCUUCCUUCCUCCACAGCGUCCUCCCCUGCCUCCCGCGCUACAGCGAGGGGCCGCUCCCCUCCACGGCCUCUCCAGCCUUCCCCUUUGGGUGCAACCCCUCUCUCUGUUUUCCGAAGGGAUGCGCCCUUCCAGUGUUCCCUGCCUCGUGCCAAUACCAGGACCUCUCCUUUGGAGCAUGGCGGCAUCCAGCCAAGGGGUGGAUCACUUCGGCAGAGUGGAGGAGGAAGUGGGGGUAGCGGUGGGUGGAAGAGGGUGGAGGGGGAGGGGCUCUACAGGGGGAAGCAUGCCUCCCACAAGUUGAUCAGGGCGGCAACAGUGAACAGCUAUACUAAGAGAGAGGACUACAGCUCUGUUUGGGGUGAAGAGGAGGAGAGGGAGCGAACAGCAGCCCAAACACCCAGAAAGACCUCUAACAAACUCUGGAGGGGCUUUGAGGGUCGCCUCUGGAGCAAAGAGUCAGAGAGCGAAAGGGAGGAGAUGGAUAGAGCGGAGUAUGGCUAUGGAAGGAGAAGGAACAGCGGUGGAAGCUGGAGAAGGGAACACCGGAGGGUGAAGUCGGGGUCCAGUAGUAAUGACAAGAGGCCAAAAGUAGAAAGCUCUCCCAUCUUCUCAAAGAAGAGGGGGAAAGAGGAGGUGGAGAGACGCAGCUCCAGCCUCAGGCUAUCCAGGAGGGCUCUUUUCAGGAGUGAGUCCCAAGGCUUGCUGGUUCCUCGUAACCACAGCGAGGAGCCCAGAAAACAGGCACACUGGGUCUCCUCUGUAGAUGUGGGGCAUGGUAGCAUGGGUAUCAACAAAGACGAAGGGGUCAGACUGCUGAGAGCAAAGGAGGGGGACAAACGUCUGUCCUCCACAGCCAGUCUGUUUAACCUCUCCCGUUCUCAGAGCCUGGAGGGCAGCUGCCACUCCCUCUCCCCGCUCUCCUCCCCUUCCUUUUCUCCAUCACCUCCUCCAAGGAUGCCCCUCCAGCGCUCUCGAUCGCUGCGGGACUUGGGGAGGAGAGUGUUUGGCUCCAUGAGGUCCCUGAGUCUCAAGCGGAAACCAUCAAAGAAGUGACAUUUGUACAAUAAAUGAACAUCACAGUGGAUGCCACAUCUAUGUGUUACAAAACACCGGUAAUGGCUGGUAUUGUGUUUCAUUGUAAAAGGAAGUUCCAUCAUUUUUAAUUUUAAAAUGUAAAAGACUUUUUGACUGGUUAGACCGAUAAGACACUGGUUCUAUAAUACUGGCUAAAAUACCAGUUCCUUCAUCCACCACCAGUAAGAUGGAAGUUCCUCUCAGGCACAAAAAGUCUGUAAAAUCUAUUCAUUUUUUUUUCUUGGCCGUCUUCAUUCAUUCUAGUUGUUUUUGUAAAUUUUUAAUGACAGUGACAUUUAUCCACUUUUAUAGCUGCCAACAAAGUACACAAUGCCUGUCAGAUUUCUUCAAAAAGGUCCUGCAGCACAAUCAGAGUGCUUUGUAGCCAAAUGAUUGCACUGCAUGUCCCGAAAUCAUUCCUCACUGACACCGCAUUAUUCUAAAUAGUGCAACCUACAGUAGCAAGCAGACCACUGUAGGGUACAGGAUGGCUCAUAUUGAAAUGUCAGUGAAAAAAAACAAACAAAGGAGACAACUUUAUUUGGGGUGAAGAAUUCCUUUGAGGAGCUGCAAACCUUGUAUGAAUUUCACUUAUGUGAGUGUUGAAGAAAUGUCGUUUCAAAGGCUUUGACACCUUGAUAGGAACACAGCUCUGGUUAAAACAAAGGGAAAUUACCUUUUGUUGGCUGAAAGGUUGCCCAAUUCAAAGGCACUAAACAUACCCAUAUUGGCUAUAAGCGGCUUCCUUAUAAACCUAUUGGUUGAAUCUUCCUGUAAACCAUGAGUAUGAAUGUGUAUGUGUACACUCCCCUUAUGCAUGCUGCUCUGUGACUUGUUCAGUGAUUAUAGCUAUUGUGAGAAUGUGAUAUUCCUCUUGGUUUAUAGGCAAUAAUGCCUCUGAAGUACAAUCAUAUUGGCCAGAUAAUGACCAAAACCAAGCAAAUACUCUUUAACUUGAUAUUGUGCUCAGGAUUUUGAAAUAAAUAUUGAAUGAUUAAAAUAUUUGAGACAAAAUGUGGCUUCUCAUGGCUUAUGAUUAAUAAAAGAAAUGUUUAACUAAACUUGUAAUGUGCCUGAAAUAACUAUAGUUCGUGGUGUGUACAACAUUGACAAUCACAUGAGUUUGAUAGAAACACGUCUGAGCUUGGACAUUCAUUAUACAAAAUAUUUUACUUGAAAACUCACAAAAUCAACACUGACCAGACAACUGCAAUCAUAAAGGCAUUAUCAGGACUUUGAGUAGCACAUGAAGAGUCUCACGGUAGCCGUCAGAAGCAUCUUUGUGAAAUAUCCAAACUCCAGCUCUCUUGAGCUAAAAAAAAAAAAAAAAAAGCUUUUCCUGUUG